AGGAAAGCUCCCAGCGCCUUCUGCCCUCGAGGAUGUCCUGUGGCGCGUAUUAAGGGGCCGCGGCUGGAGCACCUUUGCCCGCAGCGCCGCGGGAAGGGAGCGGCGAAGCGCAUCGCGUGCGGGCUCCCGGCUCUUGCUCUUCGGAAGGAGCGCGGUGGGGAUCACCGUCUUCUCCGCGCUCGGCACAACUCCGGGGCCAGCGCGCGGCUGGACCGAGUCCCGCUUCCCGCCCGCGCACCCCCAGUGGACAGCCCCCGCCGGCCCGCCUGCACCUCCUACAGCCCCAGCUUUCCCCGCACCUGCGCCGAUCCCCCACGCCCAGGUGGUGAGCCCCGCCGCUCCCUGCCCCAGGGAGAGCGCGCCCGCCGCAGCUGCCUGGGUGCGGGUGCGGGCGCCGCCGCCGUCGUCCAAUAUGCGCACUGGGGGCCCCCGACUCGCCCCCCUCUGGGGCGUCCGAGAGGCCGGGGAGCGCGCACCAUGAAGUCCGUGCUGUUCAGCCGCUUCUUCAUCCUCCUGCCCUGGAUCCUGAUCGUCAUCAUCAUGCUCGACGUGGACACUCGCAGACCCGCGCCUCCGCUCACCCCACGCCCCUACUUCUCUCCCUACGCGGUGGGCCGCGGGGGCGCCAGACUCCCGCUCCGCAGGGGCGGCCCGGGGCGAGGCGCCGCGAAGCGCAACGAGUCUCGGCCACAGCCGCAGCCCGACGCGGCGGCGCGCGGCGAGCUGGUGAGCCGCUUCCUCGCGCGGGCCGGGCUGCCCAGCACGCACCUGCACGUGCCCACGCCGCGGCGCUACAAGCGGCCCGGGCUGCCGCGCGCCACGGAGCAGCGCAACGCCGGCCUCGCCUGGCUGCGCCAGCGCCACCAGCACCAGCGCGCGCAGCCCGGCGUGCUCUUCUUCGCCGACGACGACAACACCUACAGUCUGGAGCUCUUCCAGGAGAUGCGAACCACGCGCAAGGUUUCUGUCUGGCCAGUGGGCCUGGUUGGUGGGCGACGCUACGAACGUCCCUUGGUGGAAAACGGCAAGGUCGUUGGCUGGUACACCGGCUGGAGAGCAGACAGGCCUUUUGCCAUCGACAUGGCAGGAUUUGCUGUAAGUCUUCAAGUUAUCUUGUCCAAUCCAAAAGCUGUAUUUAAACGUCGUGGAUCCCAGCCAGGGAUGCAGGAAUCUGACUUUCUAAAACAGAUAACAACAGUCGAAGAACUGGAACCGAAAGCAAAUAACUGCACCAAGGUUCUUGUGUGGCACACUCGGACAGAGAAGGUUAACCUAGCCAAUGAACCAAAGUACCACCUGGACACAGUGAAAAUUGAGGUAUAAAUUGAAGCAGUAACUGGUGUAGUUUGCCCCGCCAGUGGAUGUGGAAGAGGAUAUUUGGAGUUUAGGCUGGAGAGCAUUCAGGUAUUGUUCAUUUUACUUCAGUACAACAGCCUUUAUUGUCAUCUGAUGGAUAUCCAUUUAAACAGAGCUUGUCAGUUAACACAAGCUAACUGGAUGGUACAAAAUGUUUGUUUUUUCUUCAUUUGUUCUGCAUGUUUUCCCUACAACUAAAUUGGAAGAUUUUUGUACAGUACAUUGAAAUGACACUGCAAGAUACCACUCUGGGUAUCUUAUAUGCUUUUUUUUUUUUUUUCUCAUUUGGCCUUAUAAUUGGUAGAACUGAAUGGGUUUUAGAAACAAAUGACAGGUAUUUUGCAGGUAAAUG